CCUGCUCUCCGGCAGCCUCAGCCAUGAAGGUCGAGCUGUGCGGCUUCAGUGGGUACAAGAUCUACCUCGGACACGGGCAGCGCUAUGCCAGGACCGACGGGAAGGUUUUCCAGUUUCUUAAUGCAAAAUGCGAGUCGGCAUUCCUUUCCAAGAGGAACCCUAGGCAGAUAAACUGGACUGUGCUCUACGGAAGAAAGCACAAAAAGGGACAGUCGGAAGAAAUUCAAAGGAAAAGAACCUGCACUGCAGUCAAAUUCCAGAGGGCCAUCACUAGUGCACCUCUUGCUGAUAUAAUGGCCAAGAGGAACCAGAAGCCUGAGAGGAAAGCUCAGCGAGAACAAGCUAUCAGGGCUGCCAAGGAAGCAAAAAAGGCUAAGCAAGCAUCUAAAAAGACCGCAAUGGCACCUAAGCAAAAGGUUGUGGAGCCUGUGAAGGUUUCUGCUCCCUGUGUUGGUGGGAAAUGCUAAGUUGGCAGAUGAGAUUCUUAAAUAAAGACCUGACUAUAACUAAAAAAAAA